UCGGCGCACGGCCCGGGCCUCCCUGCACGCGGUGUUCCCCGCUCUGCGCCCGGCCCUUCCCUCCAUCGCCCCGGCGCACGAAGGGCGGCUUCUGGGAACUGAUGCCUGGUGGCCCGUGUGCACAGCUCGGUGAGCCGCGCGGCCCGCCAGUGACUCAGCGCGGGGCGGGUGCAGGCAGCGCCCGGCCCCGGAGGGUUUUUGCACUCGCCCCAGCUCCUUUCCGCUAUAAAGGCAGCCCACCGCCCGCUCCGCUCCAGCACGCCCCUUCGGCAUCCUCGCCAUCCUUUGCUCAGCCGUUUCCGGACCCCAGCCUCCGCUUCAGCUCGCUAUGGAUCCCAACUGCUCCUGCACCGCGGGUGAAUCCUGCACGUGUGCCGGCUCCUGCAAAUGCAAAGAUUGCAAGUGCGCCUCCUGCAAGAAGAGCUGCUGCUCCUGCUGCCCCGUGGGCUGUGCCAAGUGUGCCCAGGGCUGCGUCUGCAAAGGGGCCUCGGACAAGUGCAGUUGCUGUGCCUGAAGUUGGGGAGAGCCUGCUCCUCGGUGUAAAUAGAACAUGUACAAACCUGCAGUUUUUUUUUUUAAGUGCAACCUGACCCGUUUGUUACAUCCCUCUUUUUUUUUUCCUAUAAAAUACAAGAAUGAUAAUAAAAGUGGUUGGCUUUA